GGCUUCGCUCAGAUGGUAGAACAGAAGCUUCAGGCUGCCUCUUCCCAGGGGCUUCCCCAAAACAGUUUCUACACCAAGGCUACACAUGUGGAAGCGGACAUUUCAUCUUACACAGUGCUGAACUGGAGAGAUGGGAGAACAGCAGGAUGGAGCGGGAAUACAGAGCAGAUAUGCAACCGAGUGAAGUCGGGGGUUUUGGAGAACUUUAUAACAAGUGGGUUUAAAAUCAUCAGAGACAACCAGGAUAUAUCAGUGAAAAGAAAAGCAAAUGUGCUUUGUCACCUACGACACUGAUGGGAACUGUGGCCUUGUCCAUUACUGUUCCUCUUUUGAUGUAAGGAUAGCAAAGCUAUGUUAGACACUGCUUCAGGCUGGAGAUAUUUAAGGAUAGCCAUAGCCUUUCCAUAAUUUAAGAGAUGAAGACAACAUACUGAAAGCUGAGCAGACCCUAGACAAAGAGCUCCUGGAGAGACAAAGCUCUGCCUCUUCAACCUUGUAUAAGAAAUUUCUCCUACAGCAACAACCCCUUGCCUUCCUGAAGGGAGCAGCUCCUGCAGCAAGGUACAACAGCGUUCAGGCAGCCAUUGCCCUAAACCCCUUGUCCUUCCAUCCGCCUUCCAGAGAAACUCAGCUAACUCUCAGCAUGUUCAGAAGCUUUCGUACUUUGGUGGGCUUUUUUUCCUUUCCAAUAUUCAAAUAAUCAUGAUUGUCUGAACUGGAUGGCUACGGAGAUAGCAUCCAUGACCAGCCAAGCUUAUGGGGAGCUCAGCUGUGUGUUGGGUCAGGAUGUGGCUUCUGAAGAGGCUACGCUUGCAUGACUAAUUCUGGAUGGCUAAAAACAUCGACGCAAACACUUUGCAUCUCCAAGUAUUCCUCCCUACUUGGAGCCUCUCCCAGGGGGCAAGAAAAGGUUAAAUUAUGCAAAUCAUGAAUGGCAGGAUUGGUGCAAUAUUUAAAGGGUAAAUAAUAUCCAAAGAAGAUUCAUAACUUACAGUCUUAAAUAAUUACUGUUGCAUAUACUGUUGACUGCAGUAUCAGAGCCAUCCAGUCCUCAGGGCUGAAGAGGCUGGAAAGCAAACAGAAGAAUGAAGCUUUUGAAAAUGCGCAAGCUAAAAAAAUCACAGGCAACGUAAGAUGAAGAAACACAGCAGUUCUGCUGGCGGAUUAAAAUGCACGGGUACGGGCCCAAAGCAGGAGGCAGCUGACGUGAGAGGAAGGGAUGAGAAUGGAAACUUUUAACAGAUGUAGGAAGGAGUUUCUCCUUAGUGACUGUUGGUAGUGUGUACCAGUCCACACUGAAUCCUGAGUGGGGUAAAGGGCCAGAUUCUGCAAGGGAAGAGACUCUGCAACGGAAAAGGAGAGUGCUUGUGGCUUGCACCUUGUUUUUCUGUUACUCCCUGUUCAAUGUCCCCCCGUGUCAGCAGAGAGUGAGUAGGUGCUGGCCAGCUGGCCCCUGUGGGCUUGUUUUUGGGAGACUGAGCUGCAGUGGGAGCUAUAAUAAGCCAGCUGCACAGCCAUGCUCACUGCAGCACAGCCUGCAUUCAUCCCUGCUGCUAAAAUUAGGUCUCUGCCAGCAAAAGAGCAUGUGCAAAGAGGCACAGGGGUGAGAUAUAACUGUCGUAUGAGCUGGAAAAAAGAACCUGAGAGGGCUGAUUUACCCAUUACGAUAACUGUACUUUUGGCAUCAGGGGAGGCCAGAGUCCCUGAGGAUAAACACAAUGAAGAUAUGUAUUAUUGCAAGGCUGAUUCCCCUCUGUGAGCCUCACGAUCUUGUCAAAGGCUGACCCUGGCAGUGUCACAUCAGGGUAAAAACUGAAGUCCCUUUGCCUGAAGUGUUUUGACUUGAGGGCGGUGCCAUUUACUGAGGCAAAAGCAGUAACUUUUAUUAAAGCAAUCACUCGUAAUGAAAUCAUGGCUGUUAGCGAUGCAAAGCUCUUAGACAAGGGGAAACAAUGCUGAAGACCUGGCGAGUUGCUGUGGGAGCAAAGGAGACAUAAUACAGUUGUCUAACUGCCUGGAGACGUAGACAAUAACAGAUUGACCAAAUACAAGAGCGAUGGCAACAAUCAAGGGGGUCUCAAGCUUCAGUGCUGAGCAAGAAGCACAGGCACUAAGGAAGGCUAUGAAGGGAUUUGGCACAGAUGAAGAUGCCAUCAUUGAGAUCUUGACCAAACUAAACAUUUCCCAACGUCAGCAAGUUCUGAUCACCUAUAAAAGCAGUAUUGGCAGGGACUUGAUUGAUGACUUGAAGUCUGAGCUAAGUGGGAACUUUGAAAGGGUGAUCGUUGGUAUGAUGACUCCUACCACCAUGUACGACGUGCAUGAACUGAGGAGGGCUAUGAAGGGGGCAGGAACAGAUGAAGGCUGCCUGAUUGAAAUUCUAGCUUCUCGCACAAACGAAGAGAUUCGGCGCAUUAAUGAGAACUACAAACUGCAAUAUGGCUGUACCCUGGAGGAGGACAUCGUUUCUGACACAUCUUCCAUGUUUCGAAGAGUCCUCGUGUCCCUCUCGACGGGUAACAGAGAUGAGGGAAUGUAUGUGGAUGAUGCCCUUGCUCAACAAGAUGCCCAGUGCCUGUAUGAAGCUGGGGAGAAGAAAUGGGGAACAGAUGAGGUACAAUUUAUGGCCAUCCUCUGUACACGGAACAGAUGCCACCUGCUACGAGUUUUCGAUGCCUACAGAGGGAUUGCUAAUAAGGACAUAACAGACAGCAUUAAAUCGGAGAUGUCAGGAGACCUUGAAGAUGCUUUGUUAGCUGUGGUAAAGUGCAUGCGAAAUAAACCUGCAUAUUUUGCUGAAAGAUUGUAUAAAUCCAUGAAGGGCUUGGGAACGGAUGACAACACGUUGAUCCGAGUGAUGGUGUCCCGUGCUGAGAUAGAUAUGCUGGACAUCAGAAGGGAAUUCCUGACCAUGUAUGGGAAAUCGCUCUACUCCUUCAUUAAGGGAGACUGCUCAGGGGACUAUAGAAAAGUUCUGCUCAGACUCUGUGGUGGGGACGAUUAAGGGAUGCCUGGUGCACGGCCUGGGUGAUGGGAAGCAGCUGAUCAUAACCAUUUCUUUCUUUUUAAUUUUUCCAAAAUACCUUAUUACUUGCUGUGAGUAUUGACUUGGGUUAGUUAAUGCUCUGGUUAGAUAACGGCCAUUCCGGUUGACCCUUUUGAUACGCUUUUAUGCUUGGAACACCCAUUUGUUUACUAAUUGGGCUAGUAAAUCCCAUCUUAAACAGAAUGCCGUAACCAAAUACAUAAAAGCUAGAUUGUUUCCUGGCGAGCUGUCCCUUUGCCAUUGCAUUCACCCGCAAAACUUAUCAACUGAAGCAAACUUGGAUGUAGAAUGUGAGAGGCUGCACAGGGAAAAAUUAACCUCAUCAGUACAUGGAGACCGCAGAAUGCAGGCUUGCUUCAGUUUUUGCAAGAUAAUUAAAACCCAAAGAAAUCAAUCAUCUAAAAUACAAGCACGUUUAGAGCUUAACUUGCUCUCUGUUAGUGUGGAGCAUUAACAGCCUUGCUGCUCUUUAUGUAUAUGUUGCCUAUAGAUCUGUAGAUAGUGAAGAUGUCACUGGUGACAUCAGAAAAAACUCUUGCUGCCCUGAUUACAGAGCAGCCCCGUAUUCUUGGUAUGUCUUCCUUGACCCAUGGGAGUAUAAAUCAUCAGGGUUACAUUACAGACCCUUCCUCUGGAUGAAGUGAUGUCACCAGAACGGUGCCUUUUCAGGAAUGACCUGUCCCCAAAGAUGCAUGUUAUCAGCACUACGUGAUGCCUUAGCCUGGGGUGCCUCACCAGAUCUCACAACGUGGGCUGGUUGGGGCCCAUGUAACGCCCCCGUUAGAAGGUCCCAUUUUUGUGCCUGUCCCUGACUCGGACACCCACCUCUGGAAGAGACUUUUCCCCCAGGCCCUGCACCCCUGCCUGUUAAGCUGAGCGUUGUUUUCACUACAAAAAUACAGUUCUUGUUUGGCUUAGCAAUUUUAAAUUUUUUUAGCUGUUGGUAUAUAAUCCUGUUUUGAAGGCGUCAGACUGAGUUUCAAAUUUGGAAGCACAAAUACCAGCAUGGCCUACACCCAAUUCUGUCACUCAUUUUCUUCUAAACUAGGCUACUGUUGGCUUGAAUAGGACAUACUUCUGUGGCCUCAAACCAAGUAAUUUUCUUUCUUGCUUUGUGCUGUAAUUGAAGACACAUUCCUUAGUUUUGGUGGGAGAGGAUGCAGGGCUUUUUCCAGUUCCACUGAAACCUUCUGCUCAGUGAAAGAAAAAUUGUCUUACCCAGUACAACAGGCUAACAGAUGCACUCAGGCUUGGUUUUGUGUUUCAGUGCCUCGUUUUAUGUUGCUGACUUUUUAGGAAUGAAUAAACAAUUCUUUUCCAUA